UAAGAUUAAUGGCUAUUGCGACACGUACUUUGCCUCAAUUUUUGAAUGUGGUAAAUAAACCUAGACAGAUAAGACAAAAAGCAGAAAUAGAAUCAUUACAGAAGCCAAAUGGUAACUUUGGCGUUUCUUCAGAUAAACAUGUUCUUAUAUCUGAAAAUUGUACAAGAAUUCUAUGUAUUGCAGAUAUAAGGGGAAAUAUUUCUUUCUUUAACGAACUUUGCAAGAAAGCCAAUGCUCAGUAUAUCAUUCAUACAGGCGAUUUUGGAUUUUAUGACAAUACUAGUUUGGAUAGGAUAAAUGAACGAACAUUAAGACAUAUUAUCCAAUAUUCUCCUCUAAUUAAGCCUUAUUAUCGCUCAAAAUUUACUGCAAAUAGCUCUAUCGAAUUUAUCCGUAAUACAAUUUCUCAUUCUGAACUUGUUAUUUCUGAAUUGCCAUCAUUUUUAUCAGGAGAAAAGGAACUUGACGUUCCAGUUUAUACUAUUUGGGGAUCAUGCGAGGAUGUAUGCGUGCUUGAAAAGUUUCGUAGUGGAGAAUAUAAAAUAAAAAAUUUGUAUAUUAUUGACGAGCACUCUUCUAAAUGUCUUAAUGUGGGCGAUAUUAAGUUAAGAUUAUUUGGCUUAGGUGGUGCAGUAAUAAUGCAUAAACUGUUUGAUAAUGGCGAAGGAAAAACGACAAUAGCAGGUGGACAAGGAACCAUGUGGUCUACAGUACUACAAAUGGGAGAACUUUUACAUACUGCUAACAAAGUCUGGGAUAAUUCUGAAGUUAGGGUUUUUGUAACAUAUCAUUCUCCUGGUCGAGAAGGGCUGCUUAAACAAAUAUCACUUGCUCUUAAAGCUGAUUUUACCAUUUCAGCAGGUCUUCAUUUUCGUUACGGCUCAAGCUAUAAUGAUUUUAGUGUUACUCCAUCAACAGAAUAUUUUCUUCAGAAACUAGCGACUUCCAGAGCACAAUUUAUGGAUGUUUGGGAAACUGUAAAGGAUGAGGUAGAGUUACUUAUAAAGGAUACUCAAAGGAGUCAUUUACAGUCUAUGAUCAAUCUUGUAGAAUCCAUGCCUCAAGAAGACUCGCUAAAAAAUGAUAUUUUAUCACAAAAUAGAGAAAAAAUUGACGCAGCAUUUAAAAAUAUGUGGAACUUUAAUCUUCCAGAUGCAGCAUAUGGCUCUGUGACUUUAUCCAUUUCAGAAGGCCGUAUAAGUGCAGAGACAAAAGCUCAAGGGUUUAAUUUUUCAUAUCGAAAAAAUAUAUCACAAACUAACAUAGAUAAACAAAUUUUUCAUCGAUCUAUACAAACAUCUGAUCACUCUUCUGCAGCUCUGCAGACACAGAAAUCUAAUGUUAAUACAACGCAAGAAAAACUCAAAGAACAUUCACAAUCGCAAACCAAAGAACCAACACAUUUAUCACUUACCGAUACCCUAUCUAAAAAUUCAACAUCUUUAAACUCUCACAAUGUCCAGAAAACUGAAAAUAUGCUUUCAGAAACAUCAAAAACUUUAAACAAUCAAAGAAAAAAAGAAAAUGUGGAUAAAGAAACGUCAGAUAAAUCUCAAUUAUCUAAAUACGCCCUUUUUAUUUCCCCAUGUUCCACUAAAGAAGAAGCUUAUUCUAUUUUUGAAAAAGAUAUCGUAGAUUCUAUUACUAAUAUAUCUAUUCGGAAUUGUAAAGGAAGUUCUUCUAAAUAUGCAUUUGUAUAUUUUAUUUCAAAGGAUAACAUGAACAUAGCAAAGAAAAAAACAAUUUCUAGACCUGGUCUAAGAAUAGCUGAAGCUGAUUUAGGUAACAAUAAAUCACCAAAAAAUAAUCAGGGAUUAAGAUCUAAUUUCCAAAAAAGCAUCAUCUCUGAAAUAAAUGAAGUUAGCCGUGGGAUACGUACACGUGGUCCUCGUUUAAAAUUAUCGAAAUCUAGAAGACAUAAUAAUCUUUCAAAAGAUUCCACAAACAAAAGUGAAGAGUUGAUUAAAGAUAAAAAUAAUAAAAGAAAUAAUGAGGUAAAAAAUGUAAUCAAAGAUUCUAUAAAAAACGAGAAAACACUAUAUACUGAAAGCUAAAAAGCAGAGG